AUGGCUCAUAGACUAAAUCAAAUGCGAAUGACAAGUGUUGAUGAUGAUCCUCUGGUUACAAAGUAUCCUAGCUUUAUCUAUACGGCCAAUAAACCACAUAUUAUACAACGACCAAAUGAAAAAGAAUCUAUGAUUACAAAAUGGGCAGCCUGGAUUUCUAAAGUCCAGUUAUGUGGUUAUUUGCUUAGUAUUCUGGGAUGGAUUAUGUGUAUUACUUCAACAGCAGUUGACCAAUGGAGAAUAUGGCAUGUGGAAAAUGAGGCAGGCAUCCCUUCUGGCUUGGUAUGGAUUGGAAUCUGGAGAAUCUGUUAUAAGCAUGGUACGGAUUCCAAAGACACGAUUUUAAACUGUGAAGAAUUCACUGAAGACUACAAGAAUCUGCCCAUAGAAAUUUUCUUGGCUCAGGAUCUCAUGUCCUUGGCUUGCAUCAUGGGAGCAGUGGCAAUAAGUUUCAUGUCCUUUGCUUUAUGGAAUGUUUUCAAAACCAUCACACAGAAAACUUUUUUGCUAACCUUUUUUAGUCUUGGAGGCAUUCUGAACUUACUUUCAGGUAUCAUGGUCUUAAUUCCAGUUUCCUGGAACCUGUAUUCUGUCUUGCAUAAAGCAGAAAUUCAGUUUCCUGAAGUCUUCCAAAUGCCUGUUUCUCCAAAGGCCCAGCAGGUUGGAGCUGCUAUUUACAUUGGGUAUGUUGCUGCAGCUUUAUUCCUGCUGAGUAGUUUUCUUAUUCUUUGUAUUAAAUACAAUUUGCAAAUGAGUGAACAAAGUUUUUCAACAUUAGCAAAUAAACCAAUAACUGCUGAAGUAUCAAGGGAACUUUGUACAACCUGUGAGUCUUCUGUGGUGAUUAACAUGCAAAAUAGAAUGCGGUCUGAGCCCAGUGCUAAUGAGUUGUCAUCUAGAGUGUUAACUGAUAUUUUUAUAAUAGAAACUCUGAAGCCACAAUCCUAUAGCCUUAGUGUUCCAUGA